AGUGGAGUUCUUAUGUUCGCGUUGCACUCUGGGAGGUUUGUCCUCUUAGAUGUCAUUGUUGUAAACUCUGCUUUAUUUAAAUAGUAGCAGUAACGCCACGAUGCCUGGAUACACAGCGGAUGAGAAACUCCGCUAUGAGCAGUUGAUUAAGCUUCGGCGACAGUGGCUGAAAGAUCAAGAGCUCAGCUCUCGAGAGCCCGUCACUGCGCCCAAAACACCCGGCCCAAUCGCCCGGUUCUGGGCUGGAUUCCUGGAGCCCAAGACACUCUGGAGGCUAUACACUUUUAAAGCUUAUAAUGCAAGUGUUUUUGCCAUCACGCGCAUUCUGAUUCCAGCAUGGGUUGUGCAUUACUACAUGAAGUACCACGUCGCUAAAAUGCCAUAUGGAAUUGUCGAGUUAAAACCUAGACUGUUUCCAGGAGACACCAUUUUGGAAACGGGUGAAGUUGUCCCAGAUCUUCCUGAAGCAGAGAACCAUGGUCAUCAUUAAAGAUACCAUUUUAUAUUAAAAAAAUAUGAAUCUGCUUAUGUUGUAAAUUGUUUUUCUGUAUAUUAUUGUCAAUAAAGAUUAUUGAUCGUA